UGAGGGCACGAUAUAGAUAUAAUUAUACUCGAACGAUCUUGGGAAAAGCGAAUUCGUCAUCGUUCCGCGAGCGCGAAGCACGAAGUCACCCCAAUGCCUUUCAUUGCGCGCCGCAUCGUCGUGCGUCGCCGCGUCGUCUUUUAAUAGUUCUCCCUGUGACCGGUUUUCCCGUCGUACCGAGAUACUCGUUUUACGUCGAAGACGCGCCCUCGUUCGACCUUGAAAUUCUUAUAAAUCGGCACGUAGCGUUCGAUGUUCGAGACAUCCUCGAUCCUCAGGAUAUCCUCUUCCUUUUUACACUACCGCAAGCGAUCGUUCUUUUCCCUCUUUGAUCUCAAGUAUCCUUAACGAGAAACAGCUCCGUGAAAUGGCGAAAAAGACGUACGACCUGUUGUUCAAGUUGCUCCUCAUCGGUGAUUCCGGAGUCGGCAAGACUUGUAUACUCUUCAGAUUUUCCGAUGACGCUUUCUCUACGACCUUCAUUUCUACCAUAGGUAUCGAUUUCAAGAUCAAGACCGUCGAGUUGAAAGGGAAAAAGAUCAAAUUACAGAUAUGGGACACUGCUGGUCAAGAAAGAUUUCAUACUAUCACGACGUCCUAUUACAGAGGUGCCAUGGGUAUAAUGCUCGUUUACGAUAUAACGAAUGAAAAAACUUUUGAGAAUAUAGUUAAAUGGUUAAGAAAUAUCGACGAGCAUGCAAAUGAAGACGUAGAAAAAAUGAUACUUGGUAACAAAAGUGAUAUGGAAGAUAAACGCGUCGUUAGUACUGAGAAAGGAGAAGCAAUAGCAAGAGAGCAUGGCAUCAGAUUUAUGGAAACGUCUGCAAAAGCUAAUAUCAAUAUCGAUCGGGCAUUCAGCGAAUUAGCAGAAGCAAUUUUGGAAAAAAUUCAGGGAAAAGAACCGCAGGAUGCUCCGGAUAGAGUAACCGUUGAUAGAAGGGUGGAGAGAAGUUCCAAUCGGUGCUGCUAAUUUUAUAUUAUUUAUUUAAUGGCGCAUAAUAAACUAUCUCUAUCUAUAUCUAUAUAUAUAUAUAUAUAUAUAUAUAUAUAUAAACGCGUGCCACUUGAAAUAGAUUUGUGGAUAGAUAUAGAACAUAAUUUAAAACAUAAUAGCAUAAUUAAACUCUUUGUGACACUGCCUGAUCAAAACUAAUUCAGUUAAUUGGAUGUCAAUUGUGGUAAUAACAUUGAGUACAAUUUAAUGAAGGGUUGUCAACAAAUUAUCCAAUUUUAUUUUUCAAUGUAAAAUUCUUUCGUUAUAUCCACAGGCUUCAGAGAAUGAACUGUAAAUGCUAUUUUAUGCAUACAUAAAUAUAUUUGUAAGUGUAUCUAAUGCACGUAUACAGACUGAACCUCCGUUGAUGAAGAAAGCUAAUAUAGAAUAUCUAUUGAUAUUAGCUUUAUCGAUAAGGCUUCAUUUUUUCAUACGAAAAUAUGCAUUAGUGGUCGAACAAAGUUAGUUAUGUCAUAUCGUUUGUUACGAAGCUGAAAUUUGUUACCAUGGGAAGCAUGAGAACGAAUGCUAACAUUUUAAACAUUUCUAUCUAUCUAUGUAAACUUUAACGCUUUUUCAUAUGAACGUUGCACAUCACGUGGCUUCUUUACAAUUAAGUUUUAAUUGGAUCCUUUUUAAAUUUAAAUUGAAAAGCUUUGAACCAAAAGCUUUUAUCCUAUUUGUGUAAGACUAAUUUACUAUAAAUAUAAAUAUUCAAGAUUUCGAAGUCAUUCCAUUAUUGCUCUAUGAUCCUUUCAAUGUUGAAUAUCGUAGAACCUAUUUCGAUACGUAUGUACAUCGAUAUAUAGACAUAUAUCGAGUCGAAUUAUUCGCGUUUUUACGAAAUAUUUUACGAGUACAAACGAAGUCUUUACCGUGUACAAGUACGGUGAAAAUAGAAUGAUAAUUAUUUUAUAUCUGUAACUUUUAUUAUUCAAACAUGAACAAAGAUUAAACAUAUUGACAAAUACCUAUAUAAAUACAUAAAGAGCGAUCAAGUGUCUAGGAUUUUCUAUCAAUCGGUAGACUGCAUAUAACGUUACACAUCGUAUAUAAUAUUUUCAUCAUUAAAGUAAGGAACAAUGAUAUUAAUAAUUUAGCAAUUGUAUCGUUCAUUCAAUUGUCAUACAUAAAGUGCAUAACAAUAAUGUUAUGUGCCCGUUGGAACGACGUGAAGGUAACGGGGGGGGGGGGGGGG